AUGGAAAGGUUUCAUGAGGAAACUGUUUGGGUAGCAAAUAGAGAAAACUCUUUGUCUCACCCAUCUUUCUCAAGACUUGAGCUCUCAGAAAAUGGCAAUCUACUCCUGUUUGAAGGUUUCUCCGAGAUCCCAGUUUGGUCGACAAAUUUGACAUUUCCCCAGUUAAGUAUAACUGAAGCAGUACUUGGUGAUGAUGGAAAUUUUGUUUUGAGUGGUAGAUCGAACACCUCUUCUAUCUUUUGGGAGAGUUUCGACCAUCCAACCGAUACAUUGCUGCCAGGUGCGAAGCUUUGGACUAGAAAACCACAGCAGCUCAUUUCAUGGAAAAAUUCAGAAGAUCCAGCACCUGGUAUGUUCUCGUUGGGGUUAAACCCAAAUGGAACUUUCUUAGAGUGGAACAGAUCCCAAAUCUAUGGGAGGUCGGAAGUUUGGAAUGGAACAUCUCUCAGCUCACUUUCGGGAAGGAACAUUAUCUUCAACUACACUUUUGUGUCAAGUAAAAAUGAAAGUGAGAGAUAUUUAACUUACUCUCUUCAUAAUCCUUCUAACCUUGCCAGAUUUCGAAUUGCCCAAACUGGACAGAUUAGGGCACUGUUGUGUCUGUCUGCCCUUUCCAUUUGGAGUAUAAUUGGGACUUCACCGAGCAACCUAUCUGAUGACUACGCCUUGUGUGGUGCAUUUGGCGUGGUACAAUACCCUGACAAUUCCUCAAACUCUUGUGGGUGUCUAAAGGGUUUCAAACCAUUUUCGAUGGAAGACACCAGACUAAAUGAUUGGUCAGGCGGCUAG